CCGGCGGCGCCGCGCUUCUCUCUGGCGGCGCCAUGGCCGAGGCCUACGCGCCGGUGGAGGCCGGGCUCGGGCCCGAGGAGAGCUUCCUUUCGCUCGCCGACAUCCUCAUGUCCCAGGAGAGGCUGCCAUGCCGGGCCGAGACCGCCCUGCCUCGCCUGGGCGCCGUGCUGGGCAAAGCUGCCGCUGCCCCCUCGCCCGACGACGCGCUCCCUGAGGGAUCAAAACUGGAAAUUCCCCUCUGGUUGGCCAAAGGCUUGUGUGACAACAAACGGAGGAUUCUUUCUGUGGAGCUGCCGAAGAUUUACAAAGAGAGCUGGAGGACGGUGUUCAAUGCUGAUGCCAAUGUGGUGGACCUGCAUAAAUUGGGGCCCUACUACUAUGGAUUUGGCUCCCAGCUGCUGAAUUUUGACAGUCCUGAAAAUACUGAAGUAGCUCAAACUAUAUUGCAGACAUUUAUUGGUCGUUUCCGUCGCAUCAUGGACUCCUCCCAGAAUGCCUUCAAUGAGGACACAUCUGCGUUGGUGGCCCGGCUGGAUGAGUUGGAGCGAACCUUAUUUCAAGCUGGCCAGAAAGGACUCAAUGACUUCCAGUGCUGGGAAAUGGGUCAAGCCUCCCAGAUCACAGUAUCCAGUCUGAUCCAGAAUUAUAAGAAGAGAAAAUUUACUGACUUAGACAGUUGAGAGUGUGAAAGGCACAGGAGAUCUUGAUGGGGGCAUUUCCUGGGGUUUAAAGACAAACAGGGAACUAAAAUUCUUCCUGGUGGCAUCUUGAGAUUGCACCAGAAUGUAUUCCUGAGAAAUGUUGGCUGACAUCUCUCUUUGCCUGAAGAUCUGCUAAGGGUGUUCAUUAUUUAUAGCAUGUUUAGGGUACAAAGUGCUUUACACCUUUUCAUUCCAAUUAUCGUCCUUGGGGCAUGCCAUGACCAUUAAAAACAAUUCAACCCUG